UGGAGGCCGGGCCGGGCGGCAUGAUCGGCACCGUGCUCUGCUACGUGCUGCUGCCGGCGGCGCGGCUCCUCCAGGCCCUCCGAGAUGCUUUCUUUACCUAUCGAAAGAAUGUGCUUCUGGCGAAGAGCCCGUCCACCCAGAUAGAAGGUGUCUUUGCUGCAGCCAGAGGAAGAUCAGUUCCAGAAGAGCAAGAAGCCCUUCUCCAGCAGUGGCUGGAGGAAGGAGCAGGGAAUUUGCCAGCCAGUGAGAGUGUUCCAACAGUGAGGAAAGUAUCAGUUACACUCACUAGUGACUGGUUAGAAGGUUCAGAGCUAUUGAUGACCAGCCUCAGUGACCUGAAUACGUCUCCGGAGCUCACCCAGUGUGCUGAUCAGCAGCACUUGGAGCUAAAUGCCUUGGCUUCUUCAGAACUGCAAGAUCAUGCAGUGGCUGAACUGGCCAGAUUACCACCAGAGGAAACAGUGACUGUAGCAGGCAGUGCCCCUUGGGCAGCUGUGGUCCCACAGACAGAUCACCAGACAGCUGGCUGUGCUGGUAUCAACGUGGAGGUGCUGAAUGAUGACCCAGCUGUGCUGGCCUGGAGUUUAGCAUGUGAUGCAGAGGCAGUGCCACCAGUGCUCCCAGCCCAGUCCAUUCAGGAAGCGGUGCCAUUUUAUCCUGUCUCAUCGGAGGUGCCCUACCAUGAGAUCUUAUGGAGAGACUGGGAGGAUCUUUCUGUCCAGCCCUGUGUCUUAGAGCAGGUCUCCAACACUCCCCUGUUUGAAUUUCGAGUCAUGUCUUACAACAUCCUUGCCCAGGACCUGGUGGAGCAGGGCCUUGAUCUCUAUGUACACUGUCAUCCAGACAUCCUGAACUGGAACUACCGCCUUCCAAACCUUUUGCAGGAGAUCCAGCAUUGGGAUCCUGAUGUUCUGUGUCUCCAGGAGGUGCAAGAGAACCAUUACUGGGAGCAACUGGAACCAACAUUCAAGGAGAUGGGCUUUGCUUGCUUCUAUAAACGGAGAACCGGGACGAAGACAGAUGGAUGUGCAGUGUGCUAUAAGCGCAGCAGGUUCCAGCUGAUCAGUCUCAGCCCCAUAGAAUACUUCCGGCCUGGCCUGGACAUCCUCAACCGGGAUAAUGUGGGCUUGGUGCUGCUGCUGCAGCCUGUGCUCCCAGAAGGUCUAGGUCUGAAUGCAGUCAGUCCUCUGUGUGUGGCCAACACUCAUGUGUUGUUCAAUCCGCGUCGAGGAGAUAUCAAACUGGCCCAGGUGGCAUUGCUGCUAGCAGAGAUUGACAAAAUUGCAAGAACUACUGAAGGCAGCUACUAUCCUGUCAUCUUGUGUGGAGACCUGAACUCUGUACCCGAUUCUCCACUCUACAAAUUCAUCCGGAAUGGUGAACUUUCCUACCAUGGGAUGCCAGCCUGGAAGGUGUCUGGUCAGGAAGACUUUUCCCAGCAAUUGUAUUCACGGAAGCUGCUGGCCCCACUGUGGCCAAGCUCACUGGGUGUAACAGACAAGUGCCAGUAUGUCACCCUGUGCCAGCCAAAGAAACCUGGGAGACGUGAAUACAGCCGGGACUUCCUGCUGCAGUUCCGCUUUUGCGAUGCUGCCUGUGAGCGACCGCCGCAUCUGGUCCUCCUGGAAGGUGUGACAGAUGCUAAACCAGACCGCCCUGCACACUGGCCCAAGCCUGCUGCCAUGGUGAAAGACCCUGAUCCUCAGCCAUUCGUCCCAAGGUGUUCAGGUGUUAUCCAGCAUGGCCUCAACCUGACCUCUGUCUACAGCCACUUCUUGCCACAGAGGGGACGCCCAGAGGUCACAACAAUGCCCAUGGGGCUUGGAGCCACUGUUGAUUACAUUUUCUACUCAGCAGAGCCUGUGGAGAACAAGGCGGGUCGCAGGCUGUACAAGGAUGGAGCCCUGAAGCUGCUUGGCCGUCUUUCUCUUCUCUCUGAGGAUGUCCUCUUGAUGGCAAAUGGCUUACCAAAUCCUUUUUGUUCAUCUGAUCAUCUCUGCCUGCUGGCUAGCUUUGGCUUGGAGAUCUCCAGCCUCAGAGAGAGUUAGUGUUGGUUCCCUUUCCCUAAAGAAAAGUUGUUCUGAAUACAGCGGUCGAGACUCUGGAUUGCACAACCUGCUUGCAAGAAAACCCUUUUCCUUGUCAUGCCCUAAAAGUCCUUUUCUCCCCUCACACCCUCACUAAAUGCAGGGAUGGGAGAGUUGGAGCACUUUUUGCAUUGGUAUUUUCUGCAUCUCUGCAAACCUGAGCUGUGUUCCCAGUGGGCUGAUAGGUGUAUUCAGGCAUUGGCAUCUCUUUAAGAGAUCCUUGUUCCACUGCCUUGGUUAGCAGGUGUUUUUGUGCUGCAGGAACCAAUAAUGCCCAUGGUUAUUUGUCCCUGUGUAAGAUUUUCAAGGAGCUGGAAAAGAGAGGGGCAAUGCUAUCUGCUUUUGGUUAGUUUAAUUGCUACCAAGGAGCAUGGACUGUAUAUGCCAAUACUCUUUUACACCAAAACAAGUUCUUUUCAUUCUUUUAAUUUCUCAGUAAUAGUUCAGUACUUUCAGGGCUAGUUGUUGUGUUGCCUUUUAGAUUGGAUCUGCUAACUGCUUAGAAAUGUCUUUUACUUAAUGAUCUGUAAGGGCUGACUUGCUGACAGAAGGGUUUGUGUGGUGUAACAGUUUCUACAAGAAAUUGCUUGCUGUGACUAAUGGACCAGGGAAUGGGAUUGCCAGGAAUGGAACCAGGGGUUCUACAGAGCCACUCACAGCAGCUCUAGAGCUGCAGCAAAAGCCUAGAAGCCUUGGGGAAGGCUUCCUUCCUUUCUAGCGGUCUCAGAAUGGUACCUAAUAUGUCAUUUUUAGCAAAAAUAUUUAGGACCCUCACAGUGAAUAUCCUGUGGAAAAAAUUACCCUGUAAGGCAUGAUUACCCCAGAAGGCUAUAACUCUGGUUGUCCCAAAAGAGAGAUGAAGAUGGAAAGCAUGUGAGAGUCAGCAGAGCCGUCAUAUGGAAGAGCUGGUCUUGUCACUUGCCCUGUUCUUUGUGCACUCCCUAUUGCAGUCAGCCUGCCCAGGGGUCAAUAGCCAACCUUCAGUAUCCAUCUCCUGUGCCAGACUGAAGUCUAUGCUGCAUCCUUCUGCACCCAGCCAUGUGUAGGUGUAGAUAGAACCCUUAGGAUCAACUCCUGACUCUUGACAUGUGUUGGGAGGACGGGGAGGGCUGUGUAACUUGGACCCAGACUGCAGUCACUUGGAUCCCAGUGUACC